ACCAAAACCAAUUUGUGGCUCCACAUGUCUGAACAUGUACUGGCAAGAUAAAAACAAAACAAAACAAAAAAAUUCAGGAUAAGAAAAGAGGAAAGGGUGAAUAUGGAGACAACUGUGGGCUACGAGUACUACGAGGACUACGAGGAGCCAGACAACUCCUCAAUGUGUGACUACUCAGAGUGGACGCCAUCAUACUCUGUCAUCCCAGUACUCUACAUGCUCAUUUUCAUCCUCGGCCUCUCUGGAAAUGGAGUGGUCAUCUUCACUGUGUGGAGAGCACAAGGCAAACGGCGAGCUGCCGACGUCUACAUCGGAAAUCUGGCCCUGGCCGACCUCACCUUUGUAGUCUCGCUACCUCUCUGGGCUGUUUACACAGCCAUGGGUUACCACUGGCCCUUCGGAGUGGCUCUGUGCAAGAUAAGCAGCUACGUGGUGCUGCUCAACAUGUACGCCAGCGUCUUCUGCCUCACCUGCAUGAGCUUUGAUCGCUACCUAGCCAUCGUCCACUCCUUAUCCAGCAACCAGCUGCGCAGCCGGGCUCAGAUGCAAGGCUCCCUGAUAGCCAUCUGGCUGUUGUCUGUUAUACUGGCCGCUCCGACUCUCGUCUUCCGCACCACCAAGUACGAUGCAGAAACCAACCGCACAUCCUGUGCCAUGGACUUCAGUUUGGUGACACAGAAACAGGAGAACCUGUGGAUUGCCGGCCUCAGCAUCUCCUCCUCCGCUCUGGGCUUUCUUCUACCUUUCAUGGCAAUGAUGGUGUGCUACGGCUUCAUCGGCUGCACGAUCAACCGCCACUUCAACACCCUGCGCAAAGAAGACCAGCGCAAGAGACGCCUGCUGAAGAUCAUCACCACACUGGUAGUGGUGUUUGCUGCCUGCUGGAUGCCCUUCCACAUCCUGAAGAGCGCUGACGCACUCUCCUACCUGGACUUGUUUCCCGCCACUUGUGAUUUCCUGCGUUUCCUCCUGCUGGCUCAUCCCUACGCCACCUGCCUCGCUUAUGUCAACAGCUGCCUCAACCCCUUCCUUUACGCCUUCUUUGACCUGCGCUUCAGAUCCCAGUGCUUGUGCCUACUUAACCUGAAGAAGUUCUUGCAUGCGAGCCCGGCCAGCUCCCUGUCCUUGCAGAAGACAGAGAUUCAGUCUCUACCCACAAAGGUGUGACUAUGGAUUAACACCCAGAGGCACGCUGGGGUCAAAAUGAACACUGCAGAACAAUGUAGGUGAAUCAAAAGUUUCCAGUACUGAGUGCUUGUUUAUGGUUCAGCAGCAGCCAGUUUCGGGGUGUAACCUUUGCUUUUCACUCUGGACUAUUGACUGAAGACUUAUGGUUUUGGUGUCUGACAGCACCAAAACCCCAGACUUUUUUUUUUCCAGCAGGCACUGAAACUGAGCUACAUAAGGAAACAUAAGAGAGACUCAUUUAAAAAUAAGGGGAAUGUACUUUUAUUAAGACUGAUAUACUCAUCAGUUCGUCUUCUCCUGUGGACUUUCUGCAAAAGUACUGAGCUAUGAAGUCUGAAAUCAUGUCCUCAAGUCAUGGGAAACUAUUAGGUUGAUUAUGAUCAUGUAAUUUCCCCCUCCCAUUACUGUUUUUUUUAUUAAUAAACUCUUGAGGUGGAGGUGUGACAUAUUAGAAACUGUGCUCUUGAGAUCUGUCUUGACUGAUCAGUAUCUGCACCACAGCCAGCAGGACGUCUGUGUGUGUGUGAGAAGGGUGUGAGUUAGUCAGUAAGAGGUGUUUGAGUCUGAUAAGAGUAGAGUGAGAGGUGUGUGUGUGUGUGUGUGUGUGUGUGUGUGUGUGUGUGUGUGUGUG